AAGCAAAGGAUUAGGUAUUCCUCACAAAUAUUUUAUUAUUGUUGUCCCUUGGUGGAGGUUUUGAGGAAGUUAAGAAAGGGAAAAAAAAAGAAAAAGGAGAGAGAGAGAGAGAGUGAGAGAUGAAAAAGGAAAGUUGGGUGUUUUUAUCAGGUUUGUGACCCCUUUUCCCUUCCAUUAAUGAUAAUAACCCAAAUAAAGGAGAGACUCUCAGAAUCAAAUCAAUCCACCAUCUCUACUUCUAAACACCUACCUGCCCUACCCCUCCUUCAUCCCAAACCCCCCUCUCUCUCUGAAUUUGUUGCUUCCUAUAUUUGGCCUUCUUGUUCCCCUCUGCAACCAUAAGCUUUUUCUGGGUUCUUGCCUAUUUGAUUUCAUAGGGGAGUAAGUACUAUUUGGAGAAGAUGGUGAGAGGGAAGACCCAGCUGAGGCGUAUAGAGAACGCCACAAGCAGGCAAGUGACCUUCUCCAAGAGGAGGAAUGGGCUUCUCAAGAAGGCCUUCGAGCUAUCGGUCCUCUGCGAUGCCGAGGUCGCGCUCAUCGUCUUCUCUCCCCGAGGGAAGCUCUACGAAUUCGCUAGCUCAAGCAUGCAGGAGACGGUACAGCGUUACCAGAGGCGAAUAAAAGAAGUUCAAAUUGACAAAACCUUGGUGGAACAAAACAUGCAGCACUUGAAGCAUGAAGCAGCAGACAUGUCGAAGAAGAUAGAACAUCUUGAAAAUGCAAAGCGCAAACUCUUAGGAGAAGGUUUGGGGUCAUGCACCUUUGACGAACUUAUACAAAUUGAGCAACAGUUAGAGAAGAGCGCGAGCACCAUCCGGGCAAGAAAGAUGCAAGUUUUCAGGGAACAGAUUGAGAAACUUAAGGAAAAGGAGAGAGCCCUAGCUGCAGAAAAUGCAAUGCUAUAUGAGAAGCAUGGCCUGCAUCCACAACAAGAAUCAAAUGAGGAAGGAGAGAAUGAUCAGCAAUCCACAGAAAGUAACGAGAAUUCGGAUGUCGAAACUGAAUUAUUCAUCGGACCCCCCGAGGGGAGAACCAAGCGAGUUCCACCCAAGUGACUGGGCAGCUGGAAAUCCAGCCAAGCCUUGCGAAUUUGCGAAAACAUAUAUUUAUGCGUAUCUAUGAAGAAGACGGUAGUCAUUGUCAAUUGUCGAAUAGUUGCUUCAACUAAAAAAUAUUUUGCCCCUGCGCAAGCAAUAAUACUUUGUCAAGUGUAACAUUUUCCUCUACCGAUCGCUCCGGUAAAUGGGAAUUUUGUGCACUGCGUACGUACGACCUUUUUCUCGUUAACUUUGUUGUUGUAACUAUGCCAUUUGAUCUGGCCCAAGAUCGAAGAAUGCUUCUGCAACUUAUGUAUAUUGAGGAGCUAGCACUGCACUUAAUUGAACAGUCUAAUGUGCUUUUCUAAAAUAAUCUUAACGAUGAUAGCGUAAAUCGAUGAUUGGCUUAGCUUGAGUUAA